GACACUGACUUCAAACACGUAACAUCGUGUGUCUGAGCUCCGUGUGCACGACGUGGCUCGGGGUCCCCGCAGCAGAGGCGGAGAAGCUACGAUGUCCUGCGUCGGGGCCACAAAUGGUUAACAGGAAUCCCUGACAUUCCAGGAUGUGGCUGUGGACUUCACCAAGGAGGAGUGGGAACAGCUGUACCCUGCUCAGAAGAACCUCUACCGAGACGUGAUGCUGGAGAACUACAGGAAUCUGGUUGCCCUGGGGCAUCAGGUUUAUAAGCCAGCAGUGAUCACUCAGCUGGAGCAGGAAGAGCUGUGGACCAGAGGAGAAGGCCACCCUGUGGGAGCUCCCCUAGGAGGAAGAAGACAAGCUUUGGAGCCCUCAGCCCUGUGUCUACUGUGUAGCUGGAACUCUGGACACCUCUUUCAGUCUGGGAUGGCAGAAAAACCAGUGGAUAUGUUCACACAAACACCUAACAAUGAAGAUACAGAAAAAGAAAGUAUCCGUUGCUUAACUACUCUUGGCCACUUUGGUUUUGAAUGUUUGCCCUAUCAACUGGUGAGCAAGUCCAUGCGGCAAGGAUUCUCUUUUAAUAUUCUCUGUGUGGGGGAAACUGGAAUUGGAAAAUCAACACUGAUUAAUGCAUUGUUUAAUACUAAUUUGAAAGAUAACAAAUCCUCUCAUUUUUAUCCAAAUGUUGGACUUAUAGUUCAGACAUAUGAUCUUCAGGAAAGCAAUGUUCAAUUGAAGUUGACGGUUGUGAAAACAGUAGGGUAUGGUGAUCAAACAAACAAGGAAGGCAGCUACCAACCAAUAAUUGACUACAUAGAUGCUCAGUUUGAGGCCUAUCUUCAAGAAGAACUAAAAAUUAAACGUUCCUUCAAGUAUCACGAUACGCGUAUCCAUGUAUGCCUCUACUUCAUUUCGCCUACGGGACAUUCUCUGAAGUCCCUCGACCUGUUAACAAUGAAGAACAUUGACAGAAAGGUAAACAUUAUACCAUUGAUUGCCAAAGCAGAUACAGUUUCUAAAAAUGAUUUACAGAAGUUCAAGAGUAAGAUAAUGAGUGAAUUGAUUAGCAAUGGCAUCCAGAUAUAUCAGUUCCCAACAGAUGAUGAAACUAUUGGUCAAACAAACUCCUCAAUGAAUGGAAUGUUACCUUUUGCUGUGGUAGGGAGCACAGAUGAGGUGAAAGUGGGAAAAAGGAUGGUCAGAGGCCGCCACUACCCUUGGGGAGUUUUGCAAGUGGAAAAUGAAAAUCACUGUGACUUCGUGAAGCUCCAGGAUAUGCUUCUUUGUAUGAAUAUGGAAGACCUGAAGGAACAAACCCACAUUCAUCUCUAUGAAUGUUACAGGCACAGAAAACUGCAGAGAAUGGGCUUCACUGAUGUGGGCCCAGACAACCAGCCUAUUAGUUUUCAAGAGAUAUAUGAAGCCAAAAGACUAGAGUUCUAUGAUCAAUGUCAGAGGGAGGAAGAAGAGUUGAAAAAGAGGUUUAUGCAGCAAGUAAAGGAUAGAGAAAUAGCAUUUAAAGAUGCUGAAAAAGAGCUGCAGGACAAGUUUGAACAUCUUAAAAGUAUUCAACAAGAGGAGAUUAUGAAGCUUGAAGAAGAGAAAAGACAACUGGAAGAAGAAAUGACAGAUUUUUCUAAAACAAAGGCUGUGUGUGAAACACUGCAGACUCAGGCAUGCACCAAUAUAAAGAAGGACAAAGAUCGCAAGAAAUAGUCUUUUCUUACCCUUCUAUCUGUUGUAGAGCUCCAUCAUUAUAUAUUUCAUCUACCUGUCUUUAGAGCAUUUAACUUUAGAGUUCUGAUUUUUAAAAUUUGUUUACUGAUUAUAUCUUUCUCAACUAGAAUGUUAAAUCCUUAGGAGAGGGCCAGGGAUUUAGCUCAGUGAUUCUGGCGCCUGUCUCGCAAGCACAAGGUCCCGAGUUCGAUCCCUGGUCCAAAAAAAAAAAUCCUUCGGAGAAAUACCUUGUCUAUCUUGUUAAAUGGUAUAACAUAGACUAGCACGGACACGGCACUCAGUAAAUAUUUUAUAAAAUAAAAAUGUAUAACAGUAUAAAAAGUUAAUAAUGCGGUAGAAAUUCUUUUACCAUAGCUUUCUGCACCUCUGUUGUCACCAGAAGAGCAUGCCACAAUUAACUUUGUGAUUAACCUCCCAAGUUCAAGUGGAGGAUUAGACAUACCUCAAGAAGGACCACCCUAGGCCCCUACCCAAACCCACACUUACAUGAACCAUCACAAUUAAUUCUUGUUUUUAGCUACAGAGUUUCAAGAAAUAAAAAUGUCCAAUAAAUACACAAAAAUGGUCAGCAUCUCUGGCCAUUGAGAAACACAAAUUAAAACAACAUUGAGAUUCCAUCUUACCCCAGAAAGAAUACCCAUCAUCAAGAACUCAAUGACAAAUGCCAGCAAGGUGCCAGGGUAAAAAGAACCCUCCUACCUUACUAGUAGGUGGGAAUGUAAACUAGUACACAAAAGAAUUAUGGAAAUCAGUAUGGAGACUACUCAAAAAACUAAAAAUAGAAAUUCUAUUAGACCUAGAUAUUUCCUUUCUAGCUACCUUCCUUAAAAAAGUUUAAGACAUCAUAUUUCAGUGAUACAUGCAUACCUAUGUUUAUAGCAGCACAAUUCAUAAUAACUAAAUCUUGGAAGUGGCCUGUAUGUCCAUGAACAGAUAAAUAGAUAAAGAAAAUGAUAUUUGGGCUGGGGAUUUAGCUCAGUGGUUUUGCCGC